UAACAUUUUGUGUUCCGGCAUUUUUUGAGGAACCACCCUGUGCUUGCGUCAACUUUUUAAAGGACCCCGUCUAGGAGAAUGUCCAUGCUCGCGGAGCCUCGCAGGAAGCAGAAAUGGUCUGUUGACCCCAGGAACAGCGCAUGGAGUAAUGAUGACUCAAAAUUUGGCCAGAAGAUGCUGGAGCGGAUGGGCUGGACCAAGGGCAAGGGACUCGGCAGGAGUGAACAAGGCUCCACAGACCAUAUUAAAGUGAAAGUUAAGAAUAACAGCUAUGGUCUUGGAGUGAAUACCAGCCAUGAGGAUAACUGGAUUGCUCACCAAGAUGAAUUUAAUGAGCUUCUUGCUCAACUGAACAACCACCAUGGCCAAAACAUUGACAAUGACAGUGAUAAUCCACCAGAUGAAAGCAAGGGGUUCAGCCUGGAAGAGAAAUCCAAGACCUCCAGAAAGAGGGUCCAUUACAUGAAGUUCACUAAAGGAAAGGACUUAUCCUCCCGUAGUGAAACAGACCUUAACUGUAUUUUUGGGAAGAGGGCGAGAUCUGCCACAGACCAAGAGCAGGAGAGUAACAGCAGUGAUUCUCAGGGUGAGAUAGAAGAGAGUGGAACUCUUGCUACUUCUGAACUGGAUACAGAGUCCAUCACCAAGACUGUGAAGAGUACUCUGACCAUGCAGGAGUAUUUCGCACAGCGAAUGGCUCAGUUGAAGAAGGCUCGUAGAGCUUCAAGUACAUCAUCUUCAGUGGAGGCAGAAUCUACAGAAACAUCAAGGCCAACUGAGGAACUCAUUUAUGUCCACAACAGCAGUGAUGAAUCAGAAGAGACCAAAAGGAAAAAGAAGAAGAAGAAGAAGAACAGAAAGCCUGCAGAGGAUGUGGAAAUAACAGAAGAGAAGUGCAGCACUCCCAUUGUAGUAAAUGACAAAGAAAACCAGGAGAGUUUAAGGAAGAAGAAGAAGAAGAGGAAAAUGGCCAAAAACGAUAAUGAUGGAAAUGAGGAAUGUAGCUCUACACAGUGUUUGGAGCUGGACUGCGAAAAACUGCCUCCCUCUAAGAAGAAAAAUCUCAAAAAGCACAAAGAAAGUGAGUCGUUAAAUGGACACCAUCCAGCUGAGAAUGAAACUGAAGAGUCGGAAGUUACACAGAAGGAGAGCCACAGAGAGGAGGGCAGUGUAGUAAAAGAUGAGAGGGAGGUGGUGAGGAAGAAGUCCAAAAAGAAGAAAAGAAAGACAGAAAAUCAAGAAUAAGUUGAAUUUCAUGGCAAGGUGAAAUCCCUCAGACAUACAGAUGACAUCAUACUCUCGUUCUAAAGUCACAUUUAUGAGGUUAACGUAUCAAAACUGAUUAAACCGGUUGUACAUGUAGGUGAUGAAGACCUGGAGAUCCUCAUACAAGCUUGACUGCUGUAAUGUUGGCAUCUGGGAUUGUAAUUCUUCUUUAAUCUGUUUGAUCUAUCAGUUUCAGACUAUCUGGAUGUCCCCACACUAUCUAAAGUUUAAUACAACAUCAGGGACUGAUGUCGUAUGCUAACAAGUGUUAUUCAGAUAAAAGGAUAAAAACUUGACUAUAAGUUCCUUCUGUAUUUCAUUUAGUUUAAUUUUUUUCUCAUUUUUCAGACAAUGCAACUUGGUGUGCAUGCAUUACUAUUUAUUGGAGCAAAAUAUCUGCUUGUGUUUUUUUUUUUUUAACCCAGACAAUUAAUUGUGCGUAUCGGAUAGUUUUCAGUAAAAAAAAUGCAAUCUGAAAAGUGUCUGUUUGAUAUAUGACAGAUGAAAUUUGAUGUUUGGACAGUGAUGUGCUAACAGUCUUAACACUUAUGAGCUCUUGGAAAUCAGAAGCGAUAUUUCACCUGGAUGAACCCUUUUUAAAAAAAAUAAAUAUGAUUGUGCA